AUGGCGGCUUCCGCCGUGUCAUUCAAGGAGCGACAGUUCCUUGCUGUUAUUGGAGAUGAAGACUCGGUAACCGGUCUUCUUCUCGCCGGCAUCGGUCACGUCACAGAUGGUCCGGAUGCCGAACGGAAUUUUCUGGUGGUCGACGCUAAGACUGAAACCUCUGCGAUCGAAAAGGCGUUCCAGAACUUUACUCAGGAGAGGAAGGACAUUGCCGUUGUCCUCAUCAACCAACAUGUCGCAGAGCGCAUCCGACACAGCGUCGAUACCUUCGCCGAGCCUUUCCCCGCCGUUCUCGAAAUCCCCAGCAAAGACCACCCGUACGACCCCGAGAAAGACAGUGUGCUGAAGCGGGUGCGCCGGUUGUUUGGAGAAUAA